AUGCUAGGAUUCAGCACCCAGUGUAAAGUACGACAGUGUUGUCAAUGUCAGGGGGACACAGAAUUCUACUGUAACACGUGUAAACAUGACCUGUGUCUACAGUGUAAAAAGGAACAUGAUACAAGUUCACGGACAAAAGAUCAUAAAGUGUUGUUAUAUAGAACACAAUAUUACAAAAAAGGCUUUUCUUCGUGCUGUAAAGUGCGACAAUGUUUUCAAUGUCAAGGAGACACAGAAUUCUACUGUAACACGUGUAAACAUGACCUGUGUCUACAGUGUAAAGAUAGACAUGUUAUUGAUUUAAAUACCAUCUACCAUGACGUUGUGAUUUACCUUGAGAAGUAUGAUUAUAUCACAAAACAAGAGACCUGUGUGAGACACCCAGAUAGAAUAUACAAAAUGUACUGUCAGGAAUGUGAAUUACCUGUCUGUUUUCAAUGUAAAGAACACAGAAAACACAGAGUACUGGGAUUGAAAUCAUCAUAUAAAACAAAACGUCAACAACAUAGAGAAAUCAUUCAUAACAUUAGAAGUAAUAUUCUCUAUGAGAGAUGUUUUCUCCUGGCUGGAAUCAAAUCUAAUGUAAAAAAUUGUCCUGUGCAAAUCUCAGAAAGUCAGGUAGAAAUGUCAUUGAAAGCCCAGAGACUAAAGAACUUUGUAGACACUCUGAUAUGUGAUAUUAAAAUCAAGCAGAGAUCUUUUAUGAUGCAAAGAUUAAAUCAACAGAAUAAAAUAAUGAAAGGACACCUUGCCAGCAUAGAGAACUAUGAUCACAGAUUUGAACAAUUAGCAGAAAAGCCAGUAAAAUUCCUCUCAUUUCUGAAGAAAACCCAUGUCAUUAAGGACAAGGGUACCCUACUUCUUACACAACAUAUUUUGUUCUCCUUGACUGAAGAAAUCAACUUGGAUGAUAUCAUCAGGUUAAUAAGUGAAGUCCAUACCAUAGGGACUGCAAGAAAAAAUCUGAGAAAUAAAGAUCUGCCGUACGUGUUGUCUAGGCCCAGGUUAUAUAAAUCUGUCACAGUGAAAAAUGUUAGAUCUGUAAGACAUAUUUCCCGUGUGACACCAAACAAGGUCUGGGUCAGUGAUAUGGACAAUAUUAUGUUAAUAAACACAGAAGGUGAUAUACUAUAUCGUCUGAAAGGUUUUGAUGUUUCAGAUUUAAAGUGUGUACACACCGUGAAUUUGACUGGUGAACUUAUCUAUAUAGACUGGUAUGGAAACAUUAACACAUUAUCCAACGAUAGCAAAACUAUUUCUACACUGAUAGAGAAAUCAGAACUAUGGGAAACACGUUGUGUAUUCUGCUCUCCUUCCAGUGGGGAUAUACUUGUUGUGAUGUAUAGAGGUGAUCCUGUAGAAAUGGCCAAGGUAACACGGUAUAACGACAAAGGACAACUCAUACAGACAGUACAAAACAGACUGUUCAGGAAACCUAGAUAUAUCACGGAGAACCGUAAUGGGGAUGUUAUUGUGUCUGAUGUUGAUCGUUUAGUGGUGACAGAGCGAGGAGGUGGACAUCGGUUCACCUACACAGGACUUAAAUCAGGACCAAGACUGAAGCCAAAAGGAAUCUGUACAGACGUAAUGUCACACAUCCUUGUGUGUGAUGAAAAUACCAAUACAGUGCAGAUGAUUGACAAAGAUGGCCACUUUCUGUCACUGAUAUUGACUCAACAUCAAGGUAUAGACAUACCAGUGUCUCUGAGUUAUGAUAACAAAACUCACCUACUAUGGGUAGGAACAUGGUUUAACAACAGAGUAUGUAUAUACAGAUACAUAGAAAGAAAGGACUUAGUUACAACAAAUAAAACAACUAACAGACACCUUGCAAGCAUAGAGAAUUAUGAACACCGAUUUGAACAAUUAGCAAACAAACCAGUGAAAUUCUUCUUAUUUCUAAAGAAAACCAUUGCCCUUAAGAUAACGGGUAUCCCAAAUCUGACACAACGCACCUUGCUCUCUGUGAUUGAUGAAAUCAACUUGGAGGAUGUGAUUAGGUUGCUAAGUGAAGUCCAAAUUAUAAAGACUGCAAGAGAAAUCCCGAAAAAUGAAGAUCUGUUCUACCUGUUGUCUUGCCCAAUUUUACUUAUAUCUGUGACGGUGAAAGGUUUUAGAUGUGUAACACACAUUUCCUGCGUGACAUCAGACAAGGUCUGGAUCAGUGACAUGGACAAUAUUAUGUUAAUAAACACAGAAGGUGAUACACUGUAUCAUCUGACAGCUUUUGAUAUAUUCUGUGUACACACCGUGAAUUUGACUGGCGAACUUAUCUAUAUAGACUGGUAUGGAAACAUCAACACAUUAUCAAAAGAUAACAAAACACAGUCUACACUGAUAAAGAAAACGAAACCACGUUGCGUAUUCUGUUCUCCUUUUAAUGGAGAUUUACUUGUACUCGUGUACAGGGAUGAUCCGAGAGAAAUGAUAAAGGUAUCACGGUUUACCGACACAGGGCGGCUCAUACAGACAAUACAAUACCGAAACGGAAAGAGGAGAUUGUAUCGCAGACCUUGGUAUAUCACAGAGAACGGUAAUUGGGAUGUUAUUAUAUCUGAUUUUGACCGUGUAGUGGUGACAAAUUUUAGAGGUAGACAUCUGUUCUCCUACAAAGGACCUCCAUCAGGAUCAGGACUGGCACCACGAGGAAUCUAUACUAACGUAAUGUCGCACAUCCUGGUGUGUGAUCCUUACGCUAGCUCAGUGCAGAUGAUUGACAAAGAUGGCUACUUUCUGUCACUGAUAUUGACACAAGAACAAGGUAUAGCCAGACCCGUGUCCCUGAGUUAUGAUGACAAAACUCACCUACUCUGGGUGGGAUUAUGGAUGACCAACAAAGUGUGUGUAUACAGAUACCUAGUGAGAGAGAGAGAGGAAUUAAUCUGA